GUUCAACCAUCAGGCAACGCUCAUGGUGGACAUGGUCAAGGGACUCACGUAGAUAACCCUCACAACUCCCACACCGGCGUCGUCCAGGCUCACAACAUGCAACUUGCACAGCCUCAGUUGGGAGUCGCGGCAACUGGUCACGAUAUGCCAGAAAGAAGUGAUCACCCUGCCGUUAAGGGAGGGGCCCAGGACUUCCUGCCGCCUGUAAACGUAGGCCAGGCGUUUGGCAAUUCCUGGAAAUCCCAGGUUACCAGUGGCAUCUCAGCCACACCCGGCGUGCAGCAUCCUGCGACAGGUCUCGUCUGCUUCGAUGAUAGCAUAUCAGUUGUGAAUCAGGACGUGCCAUGCCCAAGCCACACCAAGAAGAGAAGUGUGGAACUUUCCCACCACCACCUAGAAAGUCUCCUAAAGGGAUUUGGAGGCGGGGUCCUCACAGAAUACAUGUCAGUGCAUCCUCCGGCCCACAUCACAGAUCUGAGUGUUCAAGACAUUGAACAGUUGCCGAAGACGCCAGAGUCCAGAGCUGAGAUGGCAGAUCGCCUGAAGGGCCGGCUGGUACUGCUUCAGACACGAUACUCAAAGUUGAGAGAUCUCAUACAGAGCUAUGUAACCUCGAGCGCUGGGCUUGCACUCCGGCGCACCUUUCUACGCUUCCUAAAUUCAGUCUCAAACUCAUCUGCAGGAGAUAGUUUUUGUUCUCAAAACAAUAGUGAAACUUCUGAGGACGUUAAAGUGUCGAAGACUAACAGUAAAGUUUCAAUCGUUUGCCAAAGCCUUAUGUCAGAGGCUAAGCGUUUGUCUGGCUUGUUGGCCAGACUAGAAGAAGUGGUAGAAACACAAACUGAUUUUCAUCAUAAAUUAAACUCCACUUACAGCAAUAAAACACUGUGUGAUCAAAUCAAAGACUUACAGCAAAGCAUUAGACUGACUGCGUCUCAAAUAAAAGAACUAGUCAAACUGCACAACAGCUUUCAGAGCUCUGUUGUGACUUUGCAAAAUAUCCUUCCAGAAGCUGUUAUUCUAUUGGAAGAGUUAGUAAGCAACUUGAGAGCCUCGACUGACAGUUUUGAGCGUGAUACACUCAAAGAUUCUGAAAUAUCAGCUUCAAAGCGAAAGCUUGUCAUGACAUCGUCGCCAGCUCCACACUUGAACAUCUCACCACCGUUCUCCCACGACGAGACUUCUCAGAAUCAAAUGACAACCACUAAGACUUCGUCAAAGGACAGAAGCAGAAGUAAACCGUCGCAUAGCUCUACGACGUCUUCAGCCUCAACAGGCAAGGUUUCGCGCCGGGUCACUGUUCAAAACUCACUCAAGGAACUGUCCUCGAUUAUUAUUCAAAUCAUUCUCAACACUGACCACAAAGCUGUAAACGCUCAUCAAGCUUCGUUGUCUCAUCACAUUCCUGAAAGUGUUUCGGGAGAUUCGUCGUCGGCAGCAGAACCCAACUUACAAAAUGCGAUAGAACCGACGAUGCCGAAUGUUGGCAAAAAGGAUACACUAAAACGUUCAAACGUCCAUCGUUCUUACGAUGUCAUCAGACGUCUGCUGAUACUGAUGCGGAGAGAGCUUGAGAAGAUGUCUGGAGUAUUAUCGGCCGUGGAUAUUUCAGAGGACGCAACAUCUGACCUCGGAAUUGACAGUUACAGUGCUUUGAAACACUUCGAAAGACGUGUGAAGAAAGAUGUUGCAGGAUUUGCCCUUCGUUCAGACGCGUGCAUCACUCAAGGCCAAGAUAUCCCGGGUACGAACUACGUGAGCCUGUGCUCCGAGUGCGAGCACACUACCAUCUUGGACAGCACCUACUUCCCGCGCUUUCUCACAGAGAGGAUCUGCCACCCAGGCACCAGCUCUAUACCAGCUAACCAGGGAGGCUGCCUCAGCGAGAACAAUUCCCACGGAGGCGAGUGUGAACAACAACAUUUCCACAUUCCAAUCUUGAGGAGAGAACCCAACAAGUGCAUGAAAGUCAAAAGUAAAGGCACAGAGUUCAUUACAGACAAGUGGCACCAGUCGACCUAUGACCUCAAUAUUGGCUGUCAGUGUGUCCUGAGAAAAAAUUCCCAAUUCGCCAAGUACGCCCGUUUGCCGUGAUGCUCAGAGAUGUGCUCUAACAAUAAACUAAAGGAGGAAGUUGUAUUUUAAA